UUCAGCCACGUUUGCUAUAUGGAGUCUCCGAUGAAGUCACCAGAUGCAUUACCUUUCGCAAAGGUGGAUGUGGAUCUGUGUAGCCACAUCAUUAUGGGCUUUGCUACCGUGGGAAAUGACUACAGUGUCGACCUCAACCCUAUCGGUGGCUACGAGGCACUCACCUUCUUUGCUGAGUUGCGCAAGAAAAGGCCCUCGUUGAAACUCAUGGUAUCAGUUGGAGGCGGAGGAGGUGACAAAAAUUUUAAAGAAAUGACAUCUACUGAGUCCAACCGCCAGAGGUUCAUCAACUCGACUGCGUGGGCACUGCGCACAAAUAACAUUGAUGGACUUGACUUGGAUUGGGAGUUUCCUGAAGUGUCUGAUGCAGCAAAUUUCGUCAGUCUUCUCGAGGAAGCCUCUGUUGAACUUAAGAGAGAACCACUGCACCCUCUUCUUCUCUCUGCGGCUGUCCCCGCUCCAGUAACACUAGUUAUCAACCGAUACCACAUUCCCGACAUCUCUAAGUCCGUGGAUUUUGUCAACCUAAUGACCUAUGACCUGCACGUGUAUCAGUGGUACCUGCCAUUUGUUGACCAUAACAGCCCCCUAUUUCCGAGAGCUGGAGAACUUCCCGUGCUGAACAUGCUCAACCUGGCUUCAAGCGCCAACUUGUGGGCUGAAUUAGGCAUGCCGAGAUCAAAAAUUAUGGUCGGAAUACCAACAUACGGCCUUUCUUGGGUGCUCGCAAAUCCUUCUAACUGGAAGGUUGGGUCCUUGGCAACCGGACGCGGCAAGCAUGGCGACGGCUUUGUAUCUUUUGCAGACGUGUGUGCACUACUAAAGGCUGGUGCACAGAGAGAAUAUGACGCCGAAUCAAAGGUACCAUACCUCCACGAAGAAAAACUGUGGGUGAGCUACGAUGACCAAGAGAGCGUCACACUCAAGGCCCUGUGGAUUAUGAGCAAUGGAUACGGAGGCACAAUGACUUUCAGCUUGAACGCUGACGACUGGCAAGGGAAAUGCGGCAACGACACGUUUCCCCUCCAGAAGGCAAUUGCGAAUACAAGCGAUGGCAGCAGCGCACAGGGCUUUCAAUUCCACCCUUAAAGAUAUAACAACCCUGCACAUUUAACGAUGCUAAGAAGCUCCACUUGGUGCAAGCUUCAAUUUGGCAGCUCGGCAUUUCUUCCCCUGUUGUUCUUGAGGUACACCAACGCUGGAAGUUUAGACACUAGGCGCUAUAAUAAAAUUAUUAAUUCCUUGCGUGCAAAUAUCUUAGAUGCUAAAGACAAAGCACGCCCUAGAAUUGAACUUAUGAUUACAUGCAAACCAAAAAGCUAUGCUUUGUGACGGCAUAUCUUCCAUUCUGAUUAUUCUCCAUGCCCAUGAAACAAAACAAGCAAUUUAAAUAAAGUUUGGACUCUGAAAAAAG